ACCAAAACAAACACCUCUCUCUCUCUCUCUCUCCCUUUCUCCUUUGUUUCAAAGUUUCUUCCUUUUGGGCGGGUUUUAAGGAAUAUUUUGGAACUUUCUCUUUUUGGAGUAUUUGAAUUUUGGGAAUUCUAAAGGUUGCCUUAAACUGAAAUCAAUCUCUUGCUGUUUGUAUUAGUGAUGGCUACUGAGGAAAAGCCUCUUAAUCCUCUUGAUUCAAGCCAUGGUGAUUCUGCUCCUGCUUCUAAUCAGGCUGAAGAAUCAUCUGCUAUAACAGAAGAGGCUUCUGCAAAUGUUCAACAAUGGAGGCGAAAGAACCUCUCUUUGCAGAUUCCCUCGAGAGCAACUGGUCUUUCAUCUCAAGAUUCGGUUGUAAUCAAAAUGCCUCCAACACCUAGCCCAACUCCGAGAAGAGUUAACUUUUCUCUGACUUCUAGCUCUCCAGGUCCUGGUCCUCCUACUUCUUCUGCUCUUCUGCGUGGCAAAUCCUCCCUGAAGAAUCUUUUGCCAAAAGCUGGCUGUAAACCUAAAACCUCUAACACUGAUAUCGAGAAGGGACAAGGGAAUGCCUGUUCUCCUUCUGCAUUGCAAGAGAAGGCUUCGAUAGCGAGGUCAUUAUCACUUUCGAAGUUAUUUACGCCUAAGAUCAAGAGAACUUCAUCUCUACCUGUGACUCCCGUUAUUCUUUCACACUCAGAGUCAGCUCAUGGGGGAAGCAGUGUUGCUCCUCCAACUCCAAACAGCAAAGGGAGUGUGCACAUAGCUCGCUCUCGCUCUGUGCCUGUUAAUGACAAGGAACUAAGCCUAAAGGGAAUGGAGUCAUUCUUCAGAGUAAUUCCUUCGACUCCACGUGUAAAAGAAGGAGACAUUUUCUCAAAUGCAUCAGAGGCUGGUGAUACGGAAACAGGUGAUGCUGAUGGAGAAGAUAUACCUGAGGAUGAAGCAGUUUGUAGGAUUUGUUUGGUAGAGCUCUGUGAAGGAGGAGAAACCUUAAAAAUGGAGUGUAGUUGCAAAGGCGAACUUGCUCUUGCCCACAAAGAUUGUGCUCUUAAAUGGUUCACCAUAAAGGGAAACAAGACCUGUGAGGUUUGUAAAGAAGAAGUUAAGAACUUACCUGUAACACUCUUACGGAUCCAAAGCCUUAGAAAUUCUGGUGUUGUUCAGCUAGAUGUCACUGGUUACAGGGUCUGGCAAGAGGUACCGGUUCUAGUAAUCAUCAGUAUGCUCGCUUACUUCUGCUUUCUCGAGCAGCUCUUGGUUGAGAAAUUGGGUACGGGUGCAAUCGCGAUAUCUCUGCCAUUUUCUUGUAUUCUUGGUCUUCUUGCAUCCAUGACCGCGUCAACCAUGGCUCUGGAAUAUUCCUAUGCAGUCAUGAGAAGAUUUGUCUGGAUUUACGCAUCUGUCCAGUUUGCUUUGGUGGUUCUCUUCGCCCAUAUAUUUUAUUCCGUGGUGAAGUUGCAACCAGUUCUGUCGGUUCUUCUGUCAACAUUUGCUGGAUUUGGUGUCUGCAUAUGCGGAAGCUCAGUGAUGGUUGAGUUUGUGAGAUGGAAACGAAGGUGGCGAGCCAGGAGGCUAGAGGAACAGCUGAACCAGGCUCAGACGCUGACACAACCACCCCAACAGCUGGAUGCAACAACCUCUCGGCAUCAUCCUAAUGCCUCGUAGAGCCAGCCUGAAAGUGGGGAGAUGAUUUUACAUUUAUACUGUUAGUUCGGUUAAUGUUAUGUAAUGAUUUGUAUAAAAGAAAGUGAACAAGAACUGCUUAAAGAUUGUUCUUUAGUUUGUUUUGCUUCUUUGCAUAUACACAUUUUACAUUUGAAUUGUUGUAGUAAGCUUGUAACUUGGAUUUGCGCAAUCUCUGCAAAUCAAAGGUUUGUAGUAGUAUUGGUUUUAAAGCUUCUUCAA